AUGAUUCCUGUAUUACGCUCGAUUGAUGGUCUUCUCAAUCGUUUUGAUGAGCUCUCACAACGCCAUGCUGGUUUUGUAUCGCAUUUUGAGACAAGUUUUACUGAUAUUGAAAAUCCUUUACGUGACGUAACACGUGAUGACGAAGAACGAAGAAAAACGUCUGAGAGUAUAUUAAAUGCAUCGAUGGAAAAUGAUGAUCAAAUAGGAUCAUUCGGGACUAUUGAGGAUUUUAAUCGGCGUAUAACAAAAAGUCGAUCACAUAAUCGACCACCAAGUUAUUCGUCAAAUGAUACUAAUUCACUUUUUAAUCGUAUUCCAUCAAGAAGUUCUUUUGCAACUACAGAAUCAGCUCCGCCCCUAUAUAUAUCAGCGUUGGCAACAAAACAAGUAACAGUCAAGCCAAGAAAUGUCCAAACAAUAGCAUCUAUUUCAAGUGAAAAUCUUUUUGAGCCAAAGAAUCGAUUCACAACUAAGAUUAAAACAAAACCUUUACCACAAAAUCUACAUAAAACAGAUCAAUAUGGACGUCAUGUGAUUACAACAUUUACCGUAGAAACUGUUAAUCGACUUUCAAGACCGAGAACAUAUCAUAAGUCACCUGAUGAAAAAGUAUCAUCAAAACGUGCUCAUCGACGAGCCAAAACACAUCAAAAUAUAAAGAAAGAACCAUCUGACGUAUCUAUGACACCAGUUCCCACAGUUCUGUCAGUGACAUCAAUUACAUCAUUUCCAUUACCUCCAGCAAUGGAAUCGCCAAAAGUCAAACGAACACAUCCCACAAUAAUAAAAUCGCCAUCGAAAAAGCUUAAAGCGGAUAAUAAAAUUGCAACAGAUAAUUCGAAAAGAAUUCCGAUGAGCAAUUAUCCUCGGCCAACUAUUGUUCUUGUACCUCCACCUACAAUAAGCCUUACUUUUCCUAUGCAACCCGAAUUAAAAUCAUCUCGAGUUGUGGUUUUACCGAAAACAACAACUACACAGAAAACGAUUAAUAUUUUUUCUAAAAAAGGAUCUUCAAUGCCAUCAAAACGAUUAUUAAACUUAAUGAUGUCGUCUGCAUUCUUUUCAUAA